CAGUUGUAAUUCGGUGAACGCACUAGAUAAAUUACGCGAGAAGAGAGACAUGGCUUUUUAUUUUCCUUGAGAAUCUUAAGAGUCGAUUUUUGCAGUAGAAGAGUGCUUUUCUUUUACUGGUUGAGAAAAUGUCUUCGAGUGGAAAAAGGAAAGACGAGGAAGUCAGAGUGUCAGACGACGACGACGAAUCUGAGACCCACGCGCCGCCUAAGAAAGUGGCAAAGCCAGCGGACGAGAUUGAGGACAUCUUCAUCUGCAAUUUAGAUAAGAAUCGGAGAGUCUUUGUGAGGAAUUGCAACGGCAGGAUUUGGAUUGCCAUUCGUCAGUUCUUUGUCAAGGACGGUAUAACUUUACCUUGUCAUAGCAAGCAUGGUAUCUCUCUAAGCCUGGAACAGUGGAACGAUCUUCGGAACCAUGAGGAGGAUAUCGAUAAGGCCUUCUCUGACCUUUCUGAGGUUUAAAAGCUUGUAUAAUCGGGUAGUAAGUUUAAUGGAAGAUAUGGCUUAGGUUGUUUUGGUUUGUUUUUCAGAACAACACCAUGUUCUGCAAGUGUUAGCUGCUUCACGUUAGUUGAUGUAUCGAAUCUAUCACUUUUGGUUCAGACAAGGCAUUAAGAAUGAUUACUCUCUUAUUUGCUGUUGAAUUUACAACUUGAGAUAUGUUGCAGGAAUAGAAGUAUUCGUUUGAU